AUGGAGCGGCUCCGUGGCCCCGCCGCGUCCCAGGUGGCGCUGCUGGAUGCUGUUGCGUGCCCUGAGGAGGAAGGGUUUCCGAAGGCUGUAUGCCCCAGGGAGGAGGAAGAGGAGGAGGAAGAAUACAGGAGACCUGUCACCUUCACACUGGGAAAUGAGAUACUGGGGCUGGGCCCAGAGACCGAGUUUCAGACCCCUGAUGCUGAGGUCUAUAUGCACUUCUUGAGGAGCCACUGCUGCUAUGAUGCCAUCCCCACCAGCUGCAAGCUCGUUGUCUUUGACAUCUCCCUGGAGAUCAAGAAAGCCUUUUUGGCACUGGUGGCCAACGGGGUUCGUGCUGCCCCGCUCUGGGACAGCAAGGCGCAGAGCUUUGUGGGGAUGCUCACCAUCACCGACUUCAUCAACAUCCUGCACCGCUACUACCGCUCACCUCUGGUGCAGAUCUACGAGGUGGAGGAGCACAAGAUUGAGACCUGGAGAGAGGUGUACCUGCAGGGCUCCCUCAAGCCGCUGGUCUACAUCUCUCCGAGCAAUAGCCUCUUCGAUGCUGUCUACUCCCUGAUCAAGCACAAGAUCCACCGCCUGCCUGUCAUUGAGCCUGUCUCGGGCAAUGUCCUGCACAUCCUGACGCACAAGCGCAUCCUCAAGUUCCUCCACAUCUUUGCUUCUACCAUCCCCAAGCCACGCUUCCUGAAGAAAACAGUGCAGGAACUGUGCAUUGGCACCUUCCGUGAUCUGGCCGUCGUGGCUGAGACUGCCCCAGUCCACACUGCCCUGGAGAUUUUUGUGGAUCGCCGUGUCUCCGCCUUGCCUGUCAUCAAUGAUGCUGGGCAGGUGGUUGGCCUGUACUCGCGGUUUGAUGUCAUUCACCUGGCAGCCCAGAAGACCUACAAUAACCUGGACAUCAGCGUGAGGGAGGCGCUGCGGCAGCGCAGCGUCUGCCUGGAGGGGGUCCUCACCUGCUACCCCCACGAACCCAUGGAGGACAUAAUUGACCGCAUUGCCAAGGAGCAGGUCCAUCGCCUGGUUCUGGUGGAUGAAAACCGCUACCCGCGGGGCAUCGUCUCCCUCUCUGACAUCCUGCAGGCCCUUGUGCUCACUCCUGCAGGUAUUGAUGCUCUUAACUCUUAGCCCACGGUGCUCCAUCUUUCUCCACUUGCACCCUCAAUUUCUCUCCAUUUCAGGCAUCAAUCGAUCCUCACUCUGAAGACACCACGGAAAUGCCAAGUCUUGUCUGACUUGGGGAUCUCCUGUGUGACCUGUGAGAAGGAGGCUUGGGCCCAAAGGCUCUCUGUGGGGAGGACAUGCCUGUUCACCCCAGUCCUCGGGCUCGUCUUGAGUCCAGGGCUAGAUCCUGCUGGUCUUGGAGAGGCAGAGACACUGACAAUGGGACCCAGGGGUGCCUCCUGCCAGUGAGCACACAGCGAUGCUCAGUGGGCACUAUGCUGAGGGGCUGCAACAUGCCUGCAGCUGGGCAGAGCCCCAUACAGCCCCAGAGGACCUGGCCACCCUCUGCCAUCCUGCUGAUGGAUCUGAGUGUUUCUGUUGUGGCUCCCUCCUAGUGAACACAGUCCCGCUGUCUGUGCUCGGUGCCUGGUAGCGUAGGCUCAGCUGCACACACAGGCUUUUUUAUUUUAGGGUCACACGGGGCUGGAGCUCUCUGGCAGAGGCACAGCCCAUGCCAGAGCUGGCAGCGGGAUGGGCACUUGCAUGGAGACCCUGUGCACGUUUUGGGGUGGGCAGGGGAUAUUUAUUUAUUUGUUAGUCUGUUCAGCCUUGCUGUAACAAAACAGCCUGAUCGAA